GCUCAGUAAGCCCAGUGACACCCACACACCACACACAGAAGGAGCUCCACCACUUUGAUAGAGGAAGAUGGCCGGCGCCUCCCCUAUCCUCCUGCUCUCAUUCCUCCUUGUUUCGAUGGCGGUGGCGGACCAGUGCCACGACGAUGACCAUGCCGCCUUGGUUGCCAUCGACAUCGCCAUGGGCAGCCCCUACCACUUCGCGUCUUGGACGCCCGACUCCGCCUGCUGCGACUGGUAUGACGUCGACUGUGAUGCCGACACGGGCCGCGUCGUCGGCCUUCGUGUCUACCAGGACUCCAACAUGUCCGGCGCCAUCCCGGACGCCAUCGGCAACCUCACCUUCCUUGAGACCCUCACCCUCCACCACCUCCCGGCCAUCUCCGGUGUCAUCCCGGACUCCCUCGCCACGCUUUCCAACCUCUCGGAGCUCACAAUCUCCUACACGGGUGUGUCCGGCCCGGUGCCCUCCUUCCUCAGCACGCUCACCGCACUCACCCUCCUCGACCUCUCCUACAACUCCCUCACCGGCGCCAUCCCACCGUCCCUCGCCAACCUCAUCAGCCUCUCUAGUAUCAACCUCCGCCGCAACAGCCUCUCCGGCACCAUCCCGUCGCUCCUCUUGUCCAAGUCCCCCGACGGCGCCUACCUCCAGCUCUCCCACAACAACCUCUCCGGCGCCAUCCCGACUGAGUUCGCCGCUGUCAACUUCUCCUACGUCGACCUCUCCCGCAACGCCCUCUCCGGCGACGCCACCAGCCUCUUCGGCGCAGAGAAGGUCAUCCAGCACCUCGACGUGUCCCGCAACGCCCUCAACUUUGACCUCUCCGCCGUGGAGUUCCCGGAGCAGCUCACCUACGCCGACCUCAGCCACAACGCCAUCCGCGGCUCCAUCCCGGCGCAGGUGGCGACCCUGGCUGGCCUCCAGCAGUUCAACGUGAGCUUCAACAGGCUGUGCGGCGCCGUGCCCACCGGCGGCAACAUGUCCAGGUUCGACCGCUACAGCUACCUCCACAACAAGUGCCUUUGCGGCACGCCGCUCACCGCCUGCCGCCAGCGGCCCGUCGGCUACCUCCAUUAGAGCGUCUUCCAUCCAACGGUUCAAUCAAAGCCUCCAAAAUUAAGCCAUGAUGAUGAGAUGUGAUAUGAUGUGAGAUGAGCACGUAUGUACCAAUGGAGUGAUUAGUACGGUAACCACCGCAGUGUAAUGAUAAGUACCAGUACGUAUAUCAGUGGUAAUUAAACUGACCACUGAUUAAUUAUGCCCCUGAUGUUGUGGAGCUUCACGGAGCUAACGAAUGAAUGUACUCGAUAUUGCAACUUAUAUAUGCAUAAUAAUGGAUAUUGGAUAAAUA